AUGUUUGGAGGUUCUUCUACUGGUUUCGGCGGCUUCGGCAGUUCGGCUGCCAAUAACGCUUCGCCUUUCGGCGCUGCUGCCAACACAAACACCAACAACGCCUCCCUGCCUUUUGGCGCAAGCAACACUGGCGGAGGUAUCUUUGGAAACAACAACUCCACUACCGCCAACACUGGAGGCACUUUUGGUGCCAAUGGAUCUGCUUUUGGUGCCAACAACACUAACUCAGCAUUCGGUGCCAAUUCUAACACUGGCGGUGGGCUUUUUGGAGGUGCUGCCGCUAACAACACCUCUCCAUUCGCAUCCAACAAUAAUGGAUCAGCAUUCGGUGCAAACACAAAUCAAUCAGCAUUUGGCUCCAGUAACACCACCACGGGAGGUGGCUUGUUUGGAGGAGCCAACAAGUCCACUUUUGGCGGUGCUACUGCAAGCACUGGGUUCGGAGGUGGUUCUACUGGCUCUCCCUUUGGAGCAUCCACCACUGGUGGGUUUGGAGGCAUUGGCGGAGAUGCCAACGUCAACAACGGUACUGCUGUGAAGCCAUUCACCCCCUUCAGCGAAAAGGACACCAGUGGAGCCGUCACUGUGUUCCAAAACGUCUCAUCUAUGCCCGAAUACAAGAACUUCUCGUUUGAAGAAUUGAGAUUGAAGGACUACGAGCAGAACAGAAAGUACGGCAACGCCGCAGGCCAGCAACCUGGCUUUGGCGCUGCACCUGCUGCCAAUGGUGGGUUCGGUUUUGGAGGUCAGGCUGCCAAUACCUCGACCUUUGGUGCCAACAACAACAAUAGUACCCAACCAUUUGGUGGCUCCGCAUUCGGUGCAAACAACACAGCCUCGACUGGCUUUGGUGCAGGUAAUACUGCUGCGAACAACAGCUCGCCUUUUGGCUCUAACACCACCUCUGCCUUCGGUGGAGCUGCUGCUAACAACUCUCCCUUUGGAGCGAACAACGCUGCGUCCGGCUUCGGUAACACUGGUAACAAUGCCUCCUCUGGCUUUGGCAACUCCAAUCCCUUUGGAGGUGCAAACAAACCUUCAGGUUUCGGUUCUAAUGCUGGCUCGGCAUUCGGUGGAGCUAGUAACACUGGUGGUGGAUUGUUUGGAGGUGCAAACAACAAUAACAACACCAACACCUCGCCAUUUGGAGGAAACAAUAAUUCCAAUGCUUUUGGUCAAGCCAAUAAUGCAUCUCCAUUUGGAUCCAACAACAACACCAAUAAUGCUUUUGGUCAAACCAACAACUCUCCCUUCGGAAGUCAGAAUAACACGAACUCUGGGGGUUUGUUUGGUGCCAACAACAACAACAAUAAUAAUAAUGCAUUUGGGGCCAAUAAUAACAACACUGGUGGUGCUUUUGGUGGUGCUAAUACAGGUGGUGGAUUAUUUGGAGGUGCCCAAAAUAACCAGACCGGCUUCGGUGCCAAUAAACCUGCCACAGGUGGAUUAUUUGGUGCCCAAAACAACAACACCAGUGGUGGAUUAUUCGGUCAGAAUAACAACGCCAACGCCAACAACACCAACUCAGGUGGCUUGUUUGGAGGUAAUAACAACGCUGCUGGUAAUACUGGUGGUGGUUUAUUUGGCAAUAAGCCAGCAGGAACAACUGGAGGUGGUUUGUUCGGAGGCAAUAACACAAAUAAUGCCGGUACCUCUGGGGGCCUCUUUGGGGGUGCUCAAAAUAACAACACUGCCAACGCCUCUGGUGGUCUUUUUGGCUCCAAGCCUGCAGGCACCACUGGUGGUUUGUUUGGUAACAACAACAAUUCUUCUGGUGGAUUUGGCCAAACUAACAACGCCCUCGGCAAUAAUAACCAGUCUGGUGGUUUAUUUGGCAACAAACCUGCGGCUACUGGAACUACAGGUGGAUUAUUUGGCUCCAAUAACAACUCAGCACCACAAUCCAGCGGUGGACUUUUUGGAAACAAUAACAGUACAGCACCUCAAGCAAGUGGUGGGCUCUUUGGAGGUAGCAGCAACAAUGCAUUAGGUGGUGCUAACUCGUCUGGUGGGUUGUUUGGAAACAAGUCUGCUACUACAGGUGGAGCGACCUCUGGUGGACUUUUUGGUGCUAAUAACAACAACGCCAACAAUGCUGGUGGUCAAUCUAGCUUCCUUGGAGGAAACAACUUACAAAACUCGCAACUGCAACAAUCAUUGGCCAAUAUCAACUCCCAAAACCCAUACGGCAAUAAUCCAUUAUUCCAGAGUCUCUCUGUUCCGCAGGGGGCCAACUCUUCCUUUCCAUUGGCAGUAAAGACCAAAGGUGCCAAUAAGAAGAAGGUUUCCUUGUCUGGUGCACCAUCAAUCCGUCCAUUGUUCCGCCCAACUGCAUUGCCAUCUAAUGUGAAAUCUCGCUCACCUAGUAGCCCUGCCCCUACGCCAAAUUCUUCGUUGUUCUCCAGUCAAACUGAUAACGCAAUCACCUCUUCAGAAAUUUUUGCACCUCAAGUCAAUUUCAAGAAGUUGGUGGUCAAGGUUUCAAUUGACCAGGACACCAAAUUGAUAACUGCCGACUCCAACAACGCCAAGCCAAAGAGAGUUUCGUUCUCGGUUGCAGUCGCUAACGAGAGCACAGUCGAUGACAGUAAGUUGGUAGAGAUCGCAAAGGAGGAAGGUGUGGCUGAUGUCAAACAGACCCCAGCGGAUGCUACUGCUGCUGAAGUAGAAGAGGCUGACGACAAUGGAUACUGGCUCUCUCCAUCACUCUCAGAAUUGAAGAAGAAGUCGCUCUCUGAGCUCCGUGCGAUCAAGGGGUUCAAGGUCGGUCGCAAGUACUACGGUGUCAUCGAGUUCUUAGACCCUGUUGACUUGUCUAGCUUCGUCAAUUUGGACGACAUUGCCAACAACUUGGUUGUGUUUGGUACCAGAUCUUGUGUGGUGUACCCAGAUGGCAACGCACCCAGAUUGGGCGAAGGCCUCAACUUGCCUGCCCAGAUCACCUUGGAGAACUGCUACCCUAUCAGGAAGUCCGAUAAGUUGCCAGUGAUAGACCCCAAGAGCGACUUAGUGGACACGCACAUCAAGCGUUUGAAGAAGUUGCCCGAGAUGGAGUUCAAGUCAUACGAGCCCGAGACCGGUAAGUGGACUUUCACUGUUGCCACUACUGUCAGCUAG